UUUGGCCAAGCGUGGACCGACUAUAACAGCAUCAGCAGUAGAGUGCUGUCACAGUAAAGAGCGGCUUUUGCGGACUUCAGAUCCUAACGUGACCAGAACCCGAGAUGAACGCGGCGGCGCUGUAUCUCCUCCUCACGCUCUGCGCGUGCUCUGCCUCAGACUCUUACCCUAAAGCCCAGAAUAUCAUUUGGCAGUCAACAAACUUCAAGACUGUGCUCACGUGGGAGCCCAAGCCGACAGACGCUUAUUCCUACACGGUGGAGUACUCUGUUAUUGGUGCGGACCGACAGAGGAACCCCCACUGUAUCCGCUCCUCAACCUCAUGGUGUGAUCUGUCCAGCUCCCUGACCGACCUGAAAGCCAACUACACAGCCGACGUCCUGUCCGAACCCCCCCGGGGGGUCACGUCUGAUCUCACCGAGCCGCCUUACAGCACCUCGCCGCGAUUCUGCCCCUACAAAGACACUGACAUAGGCAGGCCUGACUUCAAACUGCAGGUCAGUGAAGAUGGAAGUAAGAUCACCUUGUACGUGACCGACCCACUCACCAACCUAUUCCAAGAUGGCCGCCAGCGUACCAUCAGGGACAUCUUCUCCGACGACCUGCAGUACCUGGUCACGUAUCGGAAGAGUGAAAGCACGGGCAAGAAGCAGCACAAGUCCAAAGACAGCGUGAUCGAGCUCACGGGUCUGGACAAAGGGGAGAGCUACUGCUUCAACGUCCAGGCCUACAUCCCCAGCCGCAGGACCGACAAGCAGCUGGGAGAGAUGAGCCAAACGCACUGCUCCAAUGUGGAGAACAAGUCCAUCUUUGACGUGUAUUCGACGGGCUCCAUCGCCGCCGGCGUCCUCCUCGUCCUGCUGCUGAUCGGAGCGGCGAUCGCUGUGGCGGUGGUCUGCUACAGGCGCCGGACAAACGCACGGAUGAACGGCCAGGACAAAGUGACGCAGGGUGUGUAGAGUGUGUGUCCCGUCACACACACUCACACACACACACACUGGGCACAAACGGUACGACGGAGCUGGAGCGCAGAGCUACACUAGUUUUAACUUCCACUGUCAAACACUGGAAUCAAUCUGUCGUUUAGUUUCUGUGAAACUGCUCUUGAAUGUGUUGGAGAUUCACUGUUUAAUGCUGCAGAUAAGGAGACUUUAGGGAGCACUGUUAAAAACUGCUAGUAUUAUUCCAUCGUCUUGCUGAACCUGUAAUAAUCCAUUCCUUGGCUUUCCUGUUUGGUGAGUGGUACCUGUUUAGAAAUACUACCAGCUACUUUUAUUUAUUUUAUUUCAUAGUUUUACUUGAAUUGAUCGCCCUUUUGUGGAUGAUUUUGAUGCUGGGGAAAAGCUACACUUUAUAGAAAAUCAAGACAACUAUUAUUUUUGUAUCCGAUGCCUAAUUUAUUGUUUAUUGAAACUAACUUUUUUGUAUAUGAUGCUGUUUUUACUGUUGAAAAAGCAAUUUGUUAUAUGAGGAAAAAUUGAAGUAGUAAUAAAUAUUUUACAUAAUUUGAA